GGAGGGAAGUGGAGGGGAGCGCGCGCGGGAAAGUUUGCCGUGUUUGGGAGGUUGGCCCGGGCCCGGGCGAGUCAUUGUUCACCCCGCUGCGUCCCGGGGACCCGGCCACGCGGCGCCUGCACCCCAGGCCCGAGCGCCAUGAAGUUUGUCACCUGUGAAAUUGCGUGGCAUAACAAAGAACCCGUAUACAGCGUAGACUUCCAGCACGGACCGCACGGCAGAAUUGAUCGACUGGCUUCUGCAGGGGUUGACACUGCCGUCCGGAUAUGGAAGGUUGAGAAAGACCGAGAUGGCAAAGCAGCUAUAGAUUUUUUAUCCAAUCUAAUACGUCACACAAAGGCAGUGAACGUUGUGCGCUUCUCCCCUAAUGGUGAAAUUCUUGCAUCGGGAGGUGACGACGCGCUCAUCCUGCUGUGGAAACUGAACGAUAACAAAGACAUCAAAGAACCAGAACAAAACCUACUUGAAGAGGACAUUCAGUUAAAUAAAGAGAACUGGACAGUGCAUAAAACAUUAAGAGGGCACAUAGAAGACGUGUACGAUAUCUGCUGGACAACUGAUGGAAAUCACAUGGUGUCUGGAUCUGUUGACAACACAGCCAUUAUGUGGGACAUUAUUAAAGGGAUAAAGCUGUCAAUCUUUAAUGAACACAAGAGCUAUGUGCAAGGUGUUACAUGGGAUCCUUUGGGGCAGUACAUCGCAACACUUAGCUGUGACCGGGUAAUGCGUGUGUACAGCACACAGACCAAAAAAGUAGCCUUUAACGUAAGCAAGAUGUCAGCUGGUUGUGAUGGAGAGACCAAGAGCUAUCGAAUAUUCCACGAUGAUGGUAUGAAGUCAUUCUUCCGCCGACUCACCUUCACACCAGAUGGCUCCCUGCUUCUCACUCCAGCUGGCUGCGUUGAAGCAGGAGAAAAUGUUACCAACACAACCUUUGUCUUUUCCAGGAAAAAUCUGAAACGGCCUAUUGCUCACUUGCCUUGCCCAGCUAAGGCUACUCUGGCUGUUCGAUGCUGCCCGAUAUUCUUCGAGCUAAAGCAGGCUAAAUCUGGAGAUGAGUCGACCAAGAAAAUGAACAUGUUUAAUCUGCCGUAUCGACUGGUGUUUGCUGUUGUUUCUGAGGAUUCUGUACUGUUGUAUGACACACAGCAGUCAGUACCGUUUGGCUAUAUUUCAAACAUCCAUUAUCACACCCUGAGUGAUAUAGCAUGGUCGAGAGAUGGGACCUACCUGACCAUAUCGUCCACGGAUGGCUACUGCUCCUUCAUCACGUUCAAGAAAGGCGAAUUGGGCGUGCCUCUGAAAGAGAAGCCGGUGCUGUCUGUGCAGACCUCAGGCACGGCAGAUAAGAAAGCAAAGAAGGGGCAAGCGAACAGGAAUAUCCUCACAACCCCGAAACAGUCAGAGUGCAGCACGCCCAGCAGGGUCACGGAGCAGAACGACUCGGGAGCUACACCUCGGCUGAAGACACCCAGUGUAGCAGCGAAAGUAUCUCCCACGACCUCCCUCAGCUGCAAAACUUCUCCAACUUCCCUGGACAAGAAGUCUCCUCAGUCUGCCCCUCAGGGCAGCAAGGCCUCUCAGUCUAGAAGGGUCACUCUGAAUACGUUGGAGGCCUGGAGCAAGCCCAGCAAACCCUUGGUGCCCAGGCGAAUCUCACUAACCCCUGCGAACCCCAGCUCAUCCCAGCAGACAGCGGCACCAGCAGUAACCCAAGCAGAACAUGAGAGACCUUCUCCGCCAAGUGAUCCUUCAUGCAAGUCUCCAGACGCAAAACGCUCCAGAACAGAGGAUGACCCGGUACUCAGUCCUACUACUGUGGAUAACUUGAAAAUGGAUGAUGACUGUGGAAAGAACAGUAAACAAUCAGACAGCAAGUGAACAGUGCUCUGAAAUUUUUAAAAAUGUGUAUUUUUAUAAAACUGUGAUGCUUCAAUGUACAGAAAAGUGCAUAUAAAGUGCCAUUGACUUUUUUUUGGAUACUUUGGUUGUAGGUUAAAGUCUGCCAUCCUGUCCUUACAGUGUUACUGGUAUUUGUAUCUGAAUGUGUAUAGUCCAGUUUUAGUUAUUAUUUGCUGUACAAAGUAUUAUUGAUGCCUUUAAAAAAAAUGAAGUCUCUCCUGUUUGUAUGCUGGUAGGAACACUUACUUGAUAUUUCUGUUCAUUGAAAGAAAAAUUUUCACUUUGUGAUGAAGCAACACACAAAUGGUGGAGGAACUCAGCAGGUCAGGCAGUGUCUAGGGAGGAAACGAGUUUGUUCCUGCUUGUAGGUGCUCCAGGUCUAAUUUUCCACGGCAGCAUACCAUGUGGAACUUUAUCAAAGGCCUUACUGAAGUCCUGCCCUCAUCAGCCUUGGUUACUUCUGCAGAACACUCAAAAAGAAAUGGACUUGUUAUCUAUACAGUGGGCUGCUAUUUCAGAUUCAGGUCCGUUUAUUUAUCACUUGUUCAUCGAAACAUAUAGUGAAGUGCGUGAUUUGCAUCUCAGGGUGUGCUGGGGCCGACCCGCAAUUCCCUUGCCUACAUGGCAUGGCCACAAUGUUCAGCAGAAUAAUAACAACAAAACAACAGCAGAACAAGUCCCUUUCCUCCCUCCCACCCACCCACACACCCAUGUAUGACUCCAGGUUCCAGUCUCUGGUGGGUUUGUGGACUCAUGGGCAUUGGGCCUCUGACUUCUUGAAACUGAAGUAAAUGGAGAGCAUUCUUGACUUAUCCCUUUACUCUUAUAACUAUAAUGUCAUGCUGUAAUUAUUUCUCCCAAACCCUGACUACACAAAUCUCUCUAAUGAUUACUCACAGGAGCCUUCUAAAGUCUCGGCAUUGCAUCCCUGCAUCUGCUGUCCCUUGCAUCAAUAUCUCCAAAGGCUCUUGAGAUAAAUCACGACGUGGUGUUUUACUUCUAUGGCUGUGUGUAUCUCAUAUUGAUGGCAACCCCAGGACUUCAGGAAAGGGACAGAUACUUCACUUCCUUCAGAUCACAGUCUGUUUUAAAGUUACUUUGAAAGCUCCAUGUCUGUCACAACAUGAUAGAAUGGAAAUUAUAUUCAAAAUUGGAUUAUCAUAAAUUUGUCAUUUUCUGGCUGCAACUGGGGUCUCAAGUAGAAAAAGGGUUGUUUGGAUACAGCAGGUGGCUAGAUGGCAGAAUACCUUAUAAUGGAACAUUUUGGAAUUAUGUAGAUUGAUUAUAUGCCCAAAAGAUUCUGCAGUUGCUGAAAAUCUUGAGCAACACACACAAAGUGCUGGAGGGAGAAAGACUGGCAACAUUAUGAAGAGGAAUAAACAGUCGAUGUUUUGGACGAAACCCUCCUGAUGAAGCUCCAGAACAUCUGUUUAUUCCCUCCAUAGAUGCUGCCAGCACUAUUGAAUUCAGCCAGCUCUGUGUGUGUGUGUGUGUUAUAUAGAUUUAUAUGAUGCCUUUCCUGUAGUUAAAAAAAAACUGCUUUAGAAGAUUGUUUCAAAGAAACAUUGCCAUUUAUAAGGCAACUACCAAAUGUUUAGCCAAGGAGAUAGAUUUUAAAUAAUUUAGGGGGAAAAGCCAGAGAGAUUUAUAGAGGGAAUUGGAUUUUUGGCACUUAGCUAAUAAAGACUAAUAACUAAAGUAGGCUCAGGUCAGGAGUGUAAUGGAAUACUCACCACUUACCUAGAUGUGUGUAGCUCCAUCAACACUCGAAGCUUGACACCAUCCAGUGCAAGGCGGCCCAAUGAAUUGGUAACCCUUCCACAAGCAUCCAGUCCUUCCCAUUGAAGAACAGUUGCAGCAGUGUGUACUAUCUACAAGAUGCACUGCAACAACGCACCAAAGUUCAGAAUGCAGCAAAUUCUAGACCUAUGCCCACCACCAUCCUGAAGCGCGGGAACAGCACCACUUGGAAAUCCCCCUCCAAGUCACUCACCAUCCUGACUUGGUUCCUUGAUUGUCGCUGGGUCAAAAGCCAUGGAAUUCCCUCUAUAACUGUGGGUGUAUCUACACCAGGGGUGCCCAACCUUUUUUGCACCACGGACUGGAUUAAUAUUGACAAUAUUCUUGCAG